AGCUAGCUAGCUGCCUAGCUAGGACAGAGAAUCUGCGAGGCCUUGAAUGAUGUGGUUGUUUCUCUUCAAUAUCUUACUGGCUGCAAGCGUGGAAUGCGGGGAUGCUUCAGAGUUCGCGGACUCCAUGCCAUCCGUGACUUCAGUCGAAAUUCCACAAGCUUCAACUACCCCUGGCAGGAAUGCAGAUAAUGAGGGCGACAGCAGAACUUUAGUUUUAGUACUGGGAGAUUGUUAUCCCAAUCGUUGUGGUAGUGGUUGUUGUGAGUAUCGCUGGAGUAAUGUGCUACGAAAUGGCAGUGAGAAGGGGUUGUCGUCUUGUUGGACCGAGGGAAGUUACAUUCUCCAGCUCAGAGGCUGUGACCUACGAUCGACCUGACGGAGGUCACAAGGUUCCCUAUACGUCUCAUACAGACACACCGGCUACCACCCCACAACGAAGGCCCCAUAAUCAUUAUGCGGAGGAAUGCAGUAGAACCUAUGAGCUAACAUCGAGCUACGUUGAUCCAGUAGACAAUGUGGUGAAUAGGCCUCUUCUGCUACCAGGAGGACCAAAACCAAAUGGUGGUGUCGGACCAAACUAUGAAGAGCCCAGUUGUAUCUCAGGGAGUGGCCCUGGCUCAAGACAGACAAGUAGGCAAUACAGUACUGCAUACUCUACUGUGUUUCAGACAGCAGGAACAUAUGUACCCACAUUGGAGGAACGUGUUUUCGUUGAUGGCCGCUAUGAAACACAGCAUUCCAUGAAGCAUCAGUACAACAAGCUGUGUUUCUUCCCAGAGGACAAGGUAUACUGGGCACCUGCUACCACAGCAUCUGGUCUGUACGCCCAGCUCUCGGCCAAGAGGUACCGGGAAAUACCCAGAGAGCAGCUCAGGCUACUGGAGCAGAUAGGGUCAGGGUAUUUUGCUACCAUCUGCAAGGGUCUGUGGAUGUGUGAGGGUGAGUCAAUGCUGGUGGCAGUGAAAAAACUGAAGGAGAAUGCGUCUGAGAGCGACUGCGUCAGGUUCCUGCAGGAGGCAGCGACCAUGGGCCAGUUCUGGCAUCCUCGAGUCAUCACACUUCAUGGAGUGGUGACUGUUGGAAAACCAAGCCUUAUCGUGAUGGAAUACGCUCCAAACUGUGACAUACUCAAGUAUUUAAAGAAAAUACGGGUCUGCACAACUAGAGGAGACCGUGAAAACCAUGCCGAGCUGCAGAAACAGUUUCUAGGUUUUGCUAUUGAUAUUGCCAGUGCCAUGGUGUAUCUCUCUGGGAAGAAAUUUGUACACCGUGACCUAGCUGCCAGGAACAUUCUGCUGGAUGCCCACAUGAAAUGCAGGAUAGCAGAUUUUGGGCUGACGCGCCACCUGGCAGAGAAUGGGUAUUAUGAUUCGGGACGAGGGCAGAUACCAGUCAAAUGGACAGCUCCAGAGGCUCUGCUGUACCAGAGGCACUCCAGUGCCAGCGACGUGUGGAGCUUUGGGAUGGUCCUGUACGAAAUGUGGGCACUUGGGCUCCCUCCGUUCAGAAACACCUCCAAUGAAGAGAUUGUAUACAUCCACAAUAGGAGGCGAGGCUACUGCCUUCCUCCACCUCCUGGCACUCCCAGAGCUAUCUACAACCUCAUGGUCAAGUGCUGGCACCCGGAGCCAAGGCAGAGGUCCAUGUUCCAGCAGCUGUACCAGAGUCUGAGUCAGCCAGAGGAGCUCCUGCUGAGCUGGUCAGAGGAGGAGGAGGAGGUGUCAGAGCUGGCCAGACAACUGGGAGCUGACCACGCCCACUCACAGAACCUCUACAAUGACCUCCAGAAUAAAUAUUCUCAUGAAUAA